AGAAUCUCUCAUUCUCUUCCUCUUAAAUCCAUUUAUCCUUCAAACAAACAAACACAAAAAAUAAGGGAGGAAAAAAAUAUUGUGGUAAUUAGCAGCAAGAUAAUGGCAGCUACUAUGAUGACUUCGAUCCCUCAGUUUAAUGGGCUCAGGCCCACUGUUUCAAUGGCUCCGGUUCGCAGCCUGGUGGCGGUGCAACCGCUGAGGCGGAGGGGCGGCGGCGCUCUCAGUGCUCGUUGUGGUGAUUACAUUGGUUCACCCACCAACUUGAUAAUGGUGAUAUCGACAAGCCUGAUGCUGUUCGCUGGACGGUUCGGAUUGGCUCCAUCUGCAAACAGGAAAUCAACGGCAGGGCUGAAGCUGGAGGUGAGGGACUCUGGGUUACAGACGGGUGACCCAGCGGGUUUCACCCUCGCUGACACUCUGGCAUGUGGCAGUGUCGGCCACAUCAUUGGCGUCGGUGUCGUUCUUGGCCUUAAGAGCAUUGGUUCACUGUAAAAAAAUUCUCUUUUUUAAAAAAAAAAAAAAUUAAAAUGACUCAAGAAAAUACAAAGACAUGUAUGUUUCUGCUGUUCAAUCUAAUGAUGUCUUUGCCAUUUUCAGUCUAGUUUACAUAUAAUUUCACCUUCUAAUUCCACUUUUUAA